AUGCGCUGUGAACUCACUCCCAGGCAGCCAGCAGAAAGGAUGCUCCCAGUGAAAAAAACACUGAAGCGGCAGACACAUGGCCAAAGCAGCAAAGAGCUACAGUUCCAAAUUCUGCCCCACUUGUGGAGACGGCAGCUGAAUGAGAGCCUGGUGAUAACUGGAAAUGUCACAACAGCAAAAAGAACAACUGCAGUGCCUGCUAUUACCACCAAGUUUUUUAAACCUUUUAGGGUUGAUGUUCUCAGCAUCCUUGGGGCUGGGGUCCAGGUCAUUCACCACUAUGGCUUCACAGAGCAGUUGUCUUUUAAGGAGGUGAGAAUAUGGAAUCACACUGAAGAAAAUGCAAAGAAAUCUGCAGAUGCUGUGGAGGGAGAGGUGGGGGUCUGUUCAUCAGUCCAAGAGGCUUUGUUAGUUGAAGAUGUGAUCAUAACUGUCUCUGUGGUAACAAAGCCCAUUUUGUUUGGUCAAUGGGUGAAACUAGAGGCUCACAUUAAUGUCACUGAAAUCAACAAACCAGACUGGGGAGAAAUAAAAGAUGAGUUCUUGAACCAUAUUGUUCUGAAUGUGGACUCAAGGAAGGGUGGAGACAUCUUCUUGAUGGAGGCCAAGAUCUGUGCUGAACUGUCGAAAGUGCUCAAGGGAGUGAGACCAGCUCAUUGUGAGAAGACCACAAUGUUCAAGUUUUGGGAAAUGGGUGUGGAAAACAUGGAGGCAGCCAAACUCAUGUAUGAUUUCUGGUCAUGUAGUAAAUAA